UCCAGUUGAAGAAACCAAAAACCAAAACAAAAGAGACUCUCUCCUCUCUCUCCAAUUACUCACACACGAACACGAUUCUCAAAUAAUGGAGUCCUUCUUGCGAGCGUGGACGGGUCAGGACCCAAACCCGGACGACUACAAGAACAUUGAGUUCUGGUCAAAUCCAGAGCGCUCCGGUUGGCUUACAAAGCAAGGCGAUUACAUCAAGACGUGGCGGCGGCGCUGGUUCGUCCUCAAGCAAGGCAAGCUCCUCUGGUUCAAAGACAACCAUGUCAACCGGCAGUCAAUUCCACGUGGCGUCAUCCCAGUUGGCAACUGCUUGACUGUCAAAGGCGCCGAGGAUGUUCUUAACAAGCCUUUCGCUUUUGAGCUGUCUACAAAUCAAGAUACUAUGUAUUUUAUCGCUGAUUCGGAGAAGGAGAAAGAAGAGUGGAUCAAUUCGAUUGGAAGGUCAAUUGUACAACACUCUAGGUCUGUCACUGAUUCUGAAGUUGUCGAUUAUGAUAGCAAGCGGUGAUUUUUCUUUCUUGCUCUUUCUUGUAGAAAAUACGCAAUAUGUUGGUGUUGUUGUUUAUUUAUAUGUAUGCUAUUUGUGUGUGUUUAUGUAUGUAAUUAUGGAUCUUUCUUGUUUUUGGAUUGAGUGGAGAUUUUGUAUGGUUAAUAAUUUGGUUUUGUUGUGAGUUUGUUU